GCGGAGAGGCAAGGAAGAAAGAGUAGAUAUGUGCGGCGGGGAGGGGACAGUUUUCUGGCUUCAGCUAACCCAUUUAUCACAGCACCUCCCUUCAAGAGCCAGCACACAUUUCCAUGCCCACCAAUCCAGUCAAGGUCUCCCAGAUGCUUGGAUGAUCCAGCCCUUGAUCCUGGGAAGAGAGGGAGGCAGAGUCUGGGGGAGAUUUUGCAGGGAUGUUUAAUAUUCAGGUCACGUGAACAUGGCAGUGGCGGCAUCAGCAUCUCUGGUUAUCUGAAAUAUCCAUUGGAGAAGGAAAAAGGAGAGAGAAAGAGAGAGAGACAUAGGGAGAAGAAAGAAAGAAACGCAAUCAGACUCUCAGAGGCAGCUUUUAGGCAGAGGGAAGUGAAGAGAAGCAUCAUAUUCCAGAGACAAGGAAAGAUUCAUGUUCAAAGGGCCAGUAGAUACCAAGCCUGAAGCAGCCAUGUCUGAGCUGGUGCCAGAGCCGCGGCCAAAACCAGUUGUGCCAAUGAAACCCGUUGGUAUCAAUUCCAAUCUGCUGGGCUACAUUGGGAUUGACACCAUCAUAGAGCAGAUGCGCAAGAAGACCAUGAAAACUGGAUUUGACUUCAACAUCAUGGUUGUCGGCCAGAGUGGACUGGGCAAAUCCACACUUGUGAACACCCUCUUCAAAUCCCAAGUCAGUCGCAAGUCUUCAGGCUGGAGCCGCGAGGAGAAGAUCCCUAAGACAGUGGAAAUCAAGGCCAUUGGGCAUGUUAUUGAAGAAGGUGGUGUCAAAAUGAAGCUCACAGUUAUUGAUACCCCUGGAUUUGGUGACCAGAUCAACAAUGAAAACUGCUGGGAGCCCAUUGAGAAAUAUAUUAAUGAGCAGUAUGAGAAGUUCCUGAAGGAGGAGGUCAAUAUUGCAAGAAAGAAACGGAUCCCAGACACGAGAGUCCACUGUUGCCUCUACUUUAUCUCCCCCACAGGUCACUCCUUAAGACCUUUGGAUAUGGAAUUCAUGAAGCACUUGAGCAAAGUAGUCAACAUCAUCCCAGUUAUCGCCAAGGCAGACACCAUGACUCUGGAGGAGAAGAUUGAGUUCAAACAGAGGGUCCGCAAGGAACUGGAAAUCAAUGGCAUCGAAUUUUACCCCCAAAAAGAGUUUGAUGAGGACCUUGAAGAUAAGACAGAGAAUGACAAAAUCAGGGAAAGUAUGCCAUUUGCUGUGGUGGGCAGUGACAAGGAAUAUCAAGUGAACGGGAAAAGGGUCCUGGGGAGGAAGACGCCCUGGGGAGUCAUCGAAGUGGAAAAUCUCAGUCACUGUGAAUUUGCUCUACUUCGAGACUUUCUCAUUAGGACCCACCUUCAAGAUCUAAAAGAAGUAACGCACAACAUCCACUAUGAGACUUACAGGGCUAAACGACUGAAUGACAAUGGGGGGCUCCCCCCAGUGACCGUAGAAACAGAAGAAAACCAUGAAAGCAACCUGUGAAGGACCCAUCAAGUUAUCUGCCAUCUCCGAAUUAUAACCACUACUACCACCCCAUCCCUUGAUUUGAAUUCAGGCCUCUCUUUGAAGCAUGUGGAAUAUCCUUUGUGUGUGCAUACUGGGGAAGAACCCCAACUUCACCCAAUUGUCCCCAUCUAUUAUUAUUAUUAAUUAUUAUUAUUAUUAUUUGAAUUUUGUAUUUUGCACAGCAGACUCUAGUCUUCCGUUGUAUUCCAAGAUUCAAUUGUGCAUCCUGAUUGUGGGGAAAGUUGAAGGAAUUCUGGAAGUGGUGCAAUCUCUGGGGGUCACGAGAAAUACCCCCAAGGGAGAUAAUGAGAUCAAUGUAAGGAUGUUGUAUGCACUGUGGUGGAAACAGAGAGCCAUAUUUUGGAUGCGAGUUUCACAGGUCUGGAAGAGACUGGGUUGCUCUGCAGCUGUGAUAGAUGGUUUGUGUCAUAGGCUCAGUUCUCAGCAUGGAAGCAGGAAAAAUGGACUCAGACUAGAUCUCGCUGACACAGUUAUGUGAAUUAAGGUGCAGUGAAAUAAACAGGAGGGAAUCUUUUGCCAAGUAAAUGUGUUUCAAUGUGCCAGUGUAAAAAAAAAGGAAAAAAGACAGGAUUUUGGCCAUUUUGGCCCAUACCGGUGGGAGGCAAAGUUGUUGAGUGAAAAACAAGAGUGGAGAUUUGAUUUGGGAGUAUUAGUUUUCUUGGUGUAGGAGGGGGGGAGCAUUAAUAGUGAGGAACUGCUUUCAAACUACGCUUUAAACAUUUUUGUUAAAGUUGAAGGCCACCCUUGUCACCAUUGCAUAUCUGAUAUCUUGAGUCUGACUGGCUCUCAGAUUUGUCAGAUCUGCUCUUUUAACAGAAACAUUACUGUAAUAAUCCCCUUUGGAUUGUUGCAGCAGCUGAAAACACCAAGAAUGCAACAUGUUCCAAUUGUGCCUUUCCACUCUCUGACCUACUGACGAGAAGACAGCUUUCUGCAAAGCAGAGAGCCCCUCAUGCUGGGAGGAUUCCCCUCCCAAAGAAGACGUCUCCCUAUCCAUUGCACACUGAGAGGUCAAACAGCAUGAAGAGGCUACUUGGGCAGAACACACUUGUCCUUGAUCCCAUAGCCUGGCAUUCUUAACCUGACUUUGCUCUCUCUAGGCUUUCCUUGGGUGGUCUAGGAAUCACCUCGAUUGCAGGUAUGCUGCCAAUUAUUUAUCUUUAGAUAUGUAAUUUGGUAGCACCAUCCAAAUUCUGAGAAUCACAGCCCUUGAUUUUGAAAGAAGAGCAUGUGUCUAGGUUUCACGAUGGUGGAGGGGGGAAAUUUGUUAAGAUGCAUCUGCAGAAGGCUGAGAAAGCAGAAGUGGCUUGUGUGGUACUUCUGGUGGUCAGGAGGACUUACAUUGACCUGUGCAGGCCCCAGACUGUCACUGCUCCAUCCUGUUUUUGUUAUUUUGUACUGUCUCUCAAAGUGCCAGAAGUACUAUAUCUCAAAGUGCCGGAAAUAUCUAACUCCUUUUCAGAUGUUAAUUCAUAAACCUGUGUUCAAAUUCAAAGGAUCUUUCUGCCCAAUAUAAUUUAGUAAAAAACAACAACCGUGCCUCAUAUUUCUCCCAACUGGAACCAAGCCAGCUAACAAUAGCAGAAGAUACAAUGCAGAAUGUGGACAUAGGAAGCCAUUGGUCCACCUAGUUCAGUACUGGCUACUUGACUGCAGCUCACCAAGGUUUCAGACAGAACUCUGAGCUAUAGCCUGUCCUCACUGUAGAUUAUGUCACAGAAAUGUAAAUGGAACAAACUCUGUCACCAGCUCUAUGUAAUCCACAGCUUGGUAGUCACAAUUCUAACAGGAAACUCACCUAAAAAUCAGGUUUUUUUUACAGUAUUUCCUAAAUCCUAAAGAUUCAGGUGCUGGAUGUGUUUCCUUCAGAGUUCUAUAGAAUCACAGCGAGAGCUCCAGGCAACUGCAUAUUUUUCUUGGUUUUACAAAUGGAUGAUAUGCCAUCUGGAAUAGACCAUUGUCAAAUAUCCUGAACCAGUAGGAAGAGAAACAUGGAGAGAGGUACUCUGCAAGCUGUUAUAGCUAAACUUUAGAAAGUUGAGUGGCAAGCCCCAAUGUAACCACCAAAAUCUGGUCAAGCAGGGAAAUGAGGGACGUAUGUGAUUUUGUUGCUGCUGCAAGGGAUGUUGCUUUUUGGAAAUUUGGAGAGGACAGCAUAAAUGAGGUCCCAUAACUUCUUUGAGCCUUAUCACCUGUUUCUGAUGGUGAUGAAAUCCAGCCUAUGAAAGAGCAGGGAUGGUAAAUGCUCCAAAGCCCUUCCAAAUAGAUUUUCUGCCACAAGGACCCAGAUCCUGUGGCUGACAUGCUGUACCUCAAGGCCCACAGACCAGGUAGAACAUCCUUUUGCAGCCUUGCAACAUCAGAGGUGGGCACUUAUAGCAAUAUACAUUUAAAACAAUUGAUUAAAGAAGAAACAUUUGACCAUUUAGCAUUAUUAUUCUGUCUAUUAGCCCAGCUUAUUGGUCCCUUGCUAUUUAAUCAUUCUCCAUUACUCAAAACAUAAAACAUAUAGUAACCAUGCUACUUGCACAUUCAUUUCAAUAGACAUAGGUGCUUAUUAGCAGAGAAUAUUUUACUGAAAUCCACUCAAACAUGAGGAUAGCAACUGCUGUCUAAGUUGAUGCAGUGGUGAUAUAAAAUGAUAGUGUAAAAACUUUACUGUAUGAGCCAAAAGACCCUGGUCUCGCUCAGACCAGUUUCAAAGUUAACUAAUUACUGUAUUUUACAACAUUGCCACAGCACCAGAACUUUAGGACUUAGGGACAAAUGAUCUCAUUCUUCAAUACGGGCAGAAUAUCUGUCUGUCUUCAGUGCAGGCCCAGUCAAUGAAAUCCAGGUUUGCCUGAAGUUGAGGCAGGCCUUCCAAUUUAUUUCUGUGCAUAAAAUCUUCCUUUAUCUAGCUUAGUUACUGAGAGGCCAGUGAGACUAGCAGGUUAUAAAUAUGCCUAACCCUUGCAUAGCUGAAGUCAAAGAUGAAAUGUGCUUACUGGUUUUAGCCUAGUCCUGAGAGGAUUUUUGGAAACCUUUUGUGGUUUUCUGUAGCACAGCAAUAAUAAUUGCAUGGCAUUUUUGAUGAACAGAGGUAAAAUCAUUGGAGUCCUCUAUGGUUUUAUGCCAGGGCAGGGGUCUUUUGGAAGAUUGUUUGAUAAAGGUUGUUGCAGCAUUGUGGUAGUUAGAACUGUAAGGUUUUUUAAAAAACAAACACAUAUCAGAUGCUGUAAUAUAACAGAACCAUGUGAGACUAAGUUGGGUAGUGGAAUAACAGACAAAGACUCGGCGGAGAAUUGAUCUGCAUGUGAAGGGUUGUAUCCAGUGCUUUUUU